CCCUCAGCUCUCCCUCAGCUCUCCCUCACCGCUCCUUCAGGCCUCCCCUCAGCCUUCCCGCCGCUUUCCUUCAGGCCUCCCCUCAGCCUUCCCGCUGCCUUCCCUGCGCCUCCCCUCAGUUUUCCCGCCAUUUCCCACCCCGCUCCCCUCCCCGGAGCCGCCGCUGGGGCCGAGCAGACGCUGCGAGGAAUCUUUUAAAUGAAGGUUUAGAAGACAAGAUUCUGCUGGCUACUGAGACUCUUUUUUUAUUAAAAUACUGAAUAUUCAUUUUAAAUGGCAAAAAAAUUACAGCUGGAAUAAUUCCCCGGAUUUUUUUCAUGCAUUUGGAUCUUUUCUGCUUACAAAAAAUAUUGUAAUCAUGAGCUGUGGAAAGGAUUUUGUGGAAACUCUUAAGAAAAUUGGAUAUCCACAAGCUGAUGAGCUUGAUGGAGAAGAUUUUGACUGGAUGUUCGAGUCUUCGGAAGAGAGAUCGUUUCUGGAGUGGUUUUGUGGAAACAUAAAUGAGCAGCAUGUAUCUGAAAAAGAACUGCAAGAUUUUGAUACUCUUGUCGAGUGUGGUAAGCCCAUCUUGGAAGGACACGCACUGGAUGAAGCCCUUAAAACUUUGAAGCCAAUGGAUUUGAAGAACAGUAGCCAAGAGAAGGAGAAGGAAGAGGAGGAACUGAAGAUAUUAGAGGAUGAGCUUCAAACUCUUCAAAACUUAAAAAAACUUCAAAUUCAUCGGCAUAAUAAGCUUCAGCUGAUGGUCACUGCAAACAGCCAUUCGUUACAGACGCUGCAAAGCAAAGAGGAAGAAGCACAAAAAGAUUUGAAAGAAGCUCUGGAAGUGUUUGUUGUAACAAAUAAGAAGCUCGACAGUGAACUGCAGUCUCUUGCGGAUGCAGCAAAGAAAUUUACCUCUUUCUUCACUGCUUCAGAUUCAGAACAUCCAGUGUUUUUUUCCCAACUUUCUUUGGACAAGUAUUUUUCUCUGGAAGAACAAAGCACUGCAGCACUUAUCUCGCACAUAAAAAACCAUUUAAAUCAAGGUAUGUCUGAAUGUGUUGAAAAUUCACAUGAAGGCAGCUUUCAUCUUGAAGAUUUAAGCGAGCCAGUCACUUGUGAGGGGACUGAUGAAACUUCUGAAGAGACUCAAGAGGUAGCCAGGCUCCAGACAGCAUAUAUUUGUGCUCAGCAUCAGCUAAUUCAGCUACAGGCUGAAGAGGAGGGCAUGAAAUCAGCUAUCAAAUGUGCAGAGAGCAUGCUGCAGUCCUUGGACAAGGAUAUUGGACAAGAAGAAAACCUUGAUGCCAAAAUAUCUAGUUUAAGUGAUGAAAUUUCAACAAUUAAACGAGAUAUGGCUCAGAUAAACAACGAAGAGCUGCUUCCCCUUCUGAAAGAGAAAGCACAACUUUUGACUGUGCCAGUGCUGAAAGCACAUUUGGAUCAUCAGAUUGCUCAGCAGGAUUGUUGCGCUGCAAGACAAGAUGAAAUAUGCAGGCACUUGAUGAGACAGAAAACAUCGUUUGAACUUAUUGAGCUGGGCUGUAAAAUGGAGAUGAAGAAACACCAGGAGAUCAGCUGCCAGCUCGAGAAUUUGGUAGAAUCUCUGAAGAAGAGCACUGAUGAGUUGCAGCAGAGACUACAGGUGAUAACUGAGCGAAUUCAACCUGCAAAGCCAAAAAACACUAUUAGUCCCGAGGAUGGUUUCUCUUGCAGGCUAUAUGAGCUCCUGGAAGGAGGAAAUAAAAAACAACAAUUAUUUAAAACAUACAAAAACCUGGAGCGGAUGGCUGAGAAGUUAAAGCAAGACUGUGCUAUGGUACAAGAGCAGACAGCAGCAUCUUCUCAAGAGCAGUCUGUCCUCUUGGCCAACCUAGAAAGAAAUGUAGAUGCCCUUCGUGACUCUCUGUAUUGUGGAGGAAAUCAGCCACAGCUCCGGAGUCCGGAACUUACUGAGCUGUUUCAUCAACUGGAAGUUAAUGUAAAUAAACUAAAGCAGCGCCUUGAGGAUCUGGGUGCUGAUCUGAAGUUGAAGAGAAGCAUUCUACAGUCCAAUAAGCUGCAACAGAUGGAAAGAGAGUUGUAUGUGUAUUUUUUCAAAGAUGAAGAUCACUUGAAAGAGAUGGUAGAGGAACUUGAGCAGCAGUCUCAGGCUAAAGCCAGUGGUCUGGAAGAUGAGAAUUUCACAGCCAAUGGAGUUCCUAAUGUCUAAACUUCAAUGUACUCCUAAGAAAGGAAAA